UCUUCGGAUGAUGGAUUUGGCUAUCGAUCGAUUGGCUCAUGAAGAAAUAUCUCGUUGGCAAACGAUUCUCGUGAAGGAAUACGAUGGACAGGCUGCCUUGUUUUUGUUAAAGAAAUUGUUGCAAGAAUUGCGUUCUCUACAACGAAUAACAUUUGCAGAACUAUGGAGUGACCAAGAGGAUUCUUGUUGUUUUAUAAACGCACAUAGGCUUGCAAAGAGUUUGCUCACGAAAAGCUGGGAAGAGCUGCACAUAGGGGUGUGGAGUGAUGUGCCUCAAGUAUGGAGAGAAAUAUAUGCUUUUGUCUCUUUGGUUUUCGUUUGUACAGAUGUUUCUAGAGAUAUAGAAGAAGCCAGUAGGCUGUUAGACUUGGCCGUUUUACUGGGAACGGGGAGUUGGAAAGAAGAUAUUCUUAUCUGUUUGGAAUAUCUGGACAGUGUUAGGACAGGUUGCGAAUUUUUAGGGUCAGAGGCUAAAGUGCAGCCGCAACUGAGUAGACUAGUUACUGAUGAUUGUGCUCCGCCAAGUGAUCUUGUCACAUAUCCUUUGCCCAAAAGGCACCGUCCCAGUCUUGAAACCUUUUUUAACCAAUAUUUGAGCCCUCAAAUACCCGUAGUUAUCAAAGGAGUGGCAACAGAGUGGAGCUGUGUAAAGGACAAACGAUGGAAUGAUAUUGUAUAUUGGAAACAAGUAGCAGGAAAUAGAUUGGUUCCUAUUGAAGUUGGUUCGAGUUAUAUGUCAGAGGAUUGGAGUCAGCAACUAACGAAACUUGGAGAGUUUAUAGAUCAAUAUAUCAUCCAAACAACUAGUCGAAUAGGUUAUUUGGCUCAACAUCCCUUAUUAGAGCAAGUUCCGAGUUUGAUGAAGGACAUUCAAAUACCUGAAUACUGUUAUUUGUCGGAAACCAAUUCACUUCCACGUAUUCAUAUCUGGUUUGGUCCUAAGAAUACCCGAACACCUCUUCAUUAUGAUGCUCAACAUAAUCUCUUUGUUCAGGUGGUUGGAUGGAAAUAUAUUCGAUUGUAUGCACCAAGAGAGAGUUCAAAGCUUUAUCCAUCAGAAGGCACCCUACAUAAAAAUACAAGUUUAAUAGACGAUAUUGAGCAAGUGGAUACUGAAAAGUAUCCAAACUUUAUGGAUGCUGUUUAUCAAGAAUGUGUAGUGGGAAGUGGAGAUAUGUUGUAUAUUCCUCCUGGUUAUUGGCACUAUGUCAAGGCUUUGGAUAAGAGUAUUUCCUUGAGUUUCUGGUGGACAUAAAUAUGUAUAUAUGCUAUAUCCCUUUUAGGAGUGACAGUUUAGACCACCCCAAAUAUCUUAUGUGACCAAAUCUGCAGUUGUUCUUCCAUCACUUGCUUCGAGUAUUCUUCCAACGCCUUGGAAGCAAUUCUUUUCAACUGUCCGUGAAACACCAACGCUAUGAGAUUAUAAAGCCACUUGGAAGAAGUGUCAGCAAAACGCAACUUGGCUUUACCCACAGUCACCUUACAAGUUAACAAACUAACUUGUAAAAGUCCUGUGUCGGCAUCCACAAGGAAACGAAAAGAUAAUACAAGGGCUACUUUGGUUAAAGAAGCAAUUGCACUUCCUUGGUCUUUAACCUUCCAGUGAUUGACAGCUUCGUAUUUCCAUAAGCCUAUAUCUAUAUACAAUUUGAUAUCGUUACAGCAAAGUUGAUAAAUGCCUUGUUCAUGAUCGGAGUGAAGCCUUAACUUGUCAGGAGGAAAAAUAACACGUGAUAGUAUCAUUUGUUGCAAAGCAUAAGAAUGGUUGGGACCGCUUGAUUCAAAGUCCGGAAACCGCAUACCAACCACCUUAUCUCUUAGUUGAGGCAAUAUACGUUGUUUAAUAGUUUCCACAAGUUGUUGUUCGUCUACUGCUAAAGCUUCUGCGGAAGACUCUGAAGGAUUCUCUACCGACUGCAUGUUGUCUACAAAUUA